GUAAACUGAAGACAUGGAUGCAAUCCUGUAAGCAGCUGGGGAAGGAAAAAGAAAUGUUGCCGAAACAAACUGCUGACCAUAAUGCUCUAUUAAAGGAGCACAAGCCAAGUGCUGAUGAGGUUGCCAUCUACCUACAUUCACUGACCCAGGACAACGAGCCAGCGUAUGAGCCAGAUGGACUCCCAGAGGUGGUCAGAAAAGGCAUUGCUGAUAUUCCUACUGGGAAAACCAACCCCCGUGUUUCGCGCAGAACAGCGCUAAACCUAAAGACCAGUGCCCGUCUUGCUGCUCAAAGCCAAAAUUUGUCACCAUAUGGCCAACGUUUACAAAAAGGCAGGUCAGCUAAUUUUGCCAAGAUCUCUAAACCGACAGCUGGUGGCAGCAAAUCACCAAAGGUAGAUGAUACUCAUCAGUGCCAAGCAGAAACAGCUAUUGAACCCAUGGAAUCUAGUGAUAAACUCCUCCCAGCAAAGUACCGACUCGGAGACUACAACGCAGAGCUGCGGAGGAGGAAGAAAUAG